GUUUGAAUUGACCAUGGUCGAUCCAGGAUGGAAACUGGUGAUUCCGAAGAAGUACCUGCCUUAUUUGGGAGCGGGUGCUGCUGCUGUGGUCACAUUUGCCUACAUUCUGUGGGGACCAGAUGUCGACCGUGGUUUCAACUCGAGAUCCGGAUCGAAACGGAAAGUUGCAGGACUGGAAAACCUUGGCAACACGUGUUACUUGAACACCAUUUUACAGAGUCUGGCAGCAUGCCCAGGGUUUGUAAAGUGGCUCAGUCGAGCUCUCAGAAGAGGAUUCUUUAAAGGAAAACACAAUGAACUAGCGUACAAGCUAUCAAAAACUAUCGAAGUUGUGAACGACUAUUCAUCAAGCCAUAGUGGUGCCCAGGUGUACUCUCCCCAUGAAGUACUUCAUGCUUUAUAUGGGUGUAGUUGGAAGUCUGACAGGGACCAACAGGAUGCGCAUGAAUUGUUCCAGUUUCUCUUGUCUGUUUUGGGUGAAGACAAGGAACCAGUUCCUUCCCCAUUGCCCCUGUGCGAUACAUCAAGAUUUACGGGAUUUGACAGGAGUGUCUUCACCCAACCAGACCUUCAUUCUAACAUUGAGGCUGAUUUACCUAAAGUUUCCAAUAAAGACGGGGAGUCACCAUUCAAGGGACUGCUAGCCAAUCAUCUCACAUGUACAGUGUGUGGACACAAGAAUCCAGUGACAUACAGCAGCUUUGACUGCCUAACCGUCCCCCUUCCGGUGUCAGCGUUUGGCACAUUGUCCCUGGAAAGUAUCCUAGCCAAGUUUACCCAGUCCGAAUUAGUCCAUGAUGUUCAAUGUACUGAAUGUGCCAAGAAACUCACUAGCAGAACCAAACAGCCACCAAAUAGGAAGCCAAAAAGCUCGGCUCAGAAACCACAAUCGAGGAGAGAUAUCAAAAGAAGAAUACGAAAUUCGGUGACGACACCAGCAGUCACUUUACCGACCACCACACAGACUUCGGAGGUAGUGUCCGCUACUUCGGAAACUACUCCUGCAUUAUCAGGAAUUAACUUGAUGAUCACACCCAAGAUGCACUCUUCAAUAGAAGUAACGCCUACUUCCACAUUAGCUCCAAUCAAUUGUGGAAUAGCUCGGCCGGCAAGUGAUCGAGGGUGUGGUGUCGUUUCGCCUUGUGGGAGGAGCCUCUCUGAUAAGGAUUUGCAUGCGAGAACGUCGCCCUCGGAAAAGGUUUCUAGCGAUACGUCAAGCACUGGGUAUGAUACGGGCAGCUCAGGGCUAGAGGAUCGCCAUGGGAACAUCAAUAAUGGUUUGAAUAUUCAAAAUCCAUUUCAACAGGUUGGAGUUUCAGAGCUUACUUCAACUAGUUGUUGUGACAACGGUGGUUCCGUUGCUGAGAUGGACUACUUAUCAGAACCAUCUAUUAAUGGUAGUGCGGAGGAGGGUGCUGUAAGUGAACACGAGAAAAUCAGUAACCUACAUUCAGAAAGAUCUGUUGAAAAAGGGGCAUUGCAAGAUUUAGACAAACCACAAUAUCUUAAUGGUGGACAAAUUUCAAUUGAAAACCCAAAGAGCAGUUUACAUAAUUCCUGUACAAACGAAUCAAUGACACAGGAAGUUACAAAACUGUCGCCAGAAUGCGCGUUAGCAAAUGGCGUCCAUGAGGACGUAUCAGAUAACAUCAAGAAUCGUAAUUCUGCGCAAGCCUUGGAAUCAAAACAAGAAAUAAGAGUUAGCCAUCAGGUGCCAACCACAAAUCGGUCGAUGCCAACUGGUGAACAUGUAAACGGUAAUCACCCGACGGAUCACCAGCGUUUAAAUCAAGAUAUGGAAAGCGAUUUCCGCAGCCAUAAUGAUGCAGACUCCAGCGCAAAUAGAUCGUCACAGCAACCAGCCGACGAAUCAGAGAUUACUCCACCCAAAUGUCAUUCAACUCCAAAGACCUGCCCUCCAGCUCUCCAAUCAGCAUCCUCAUCAGACAAUCGGAGCAUCAUCGUUUCAGGAGCCACGCCUACACCGAGUCAAUCCGUGUUCGGUAAGAUACCUGGUACGGACGGACCGCCGACCCUGACGCCAUCAGAUAGUAUCACUAAUGACAUCACUAAUGAGGAUUUAUCACUGAAGUGUCGACGGAUCUUCAGGAAGCAGCUUACUCUUGGAAAGCUGCCACAAUGCCUUUGCAUCCAUCUCCAACGCGUGACAUGGCUUUCGAAUGGUCUCCCCUCGAGGCGUGAAGAGCACAUUAUCUUCCCAGAGUACCUGGACAUGAGCCUCUACAAACAGACAACCGCUGUCAACUACACAGCUCAAACUACUACAGCCCAGAGUAGAGUCAAGUUACUUAGACUGCUCUCGGAGGAGGAACCAAUGACGUCCCCACAGCCACCGCAAAGGAAGGCUAGUCAUGGUUUCAUUGGAAGCAACUUCUUGGCAGAGAGUGGAAGCAAGUCCCCGGUCGGCGUUUCAGUACCUCAGUUGUCACCCAGAAUAUCCCAGCAGGCACCUGGGUUUCCUGUUGCGGAGGACGGAACAACGAGACUGGAGAGGAUGGAGGGUGGAGUCUCAGGCCAAGGCUGGAGAUCAGCUGACUCAAUAUACAGACUCGCCUCGGCAGUCGUCCACCAGGGAGACGCGUACUCCGGACACUUCCUAACAUUCAGAAGAGCGCCCUCUACUGGCACGGAACUCCUCAGUGACAACUGGCUGUGCGUCUCCGAUGAGAGCGUCUACGCAUCAACUAGGAAGGAAGUGUUCUCGCAGAAGGCUUACAUGCUUUACUAUCAGAGGAUGUAGUCAGAUCAAAGCUAAUGAAGCUUUGGAAGUUAUCGUUCAAUUAUGUGAAGACAAAAGUAACUAAUUAAAUUAUUUCAGGAGUCGGCUUUGAUUUAGUUAUCUUUUCAAACGAGACAAAGCUCUCUUUUUGUUUUUUGUUUACGGACGGAGAACUUUUCAUAGAUAGAGAUUUCAACUUAUGACAGAUUGAGGCUUUGCUUGUUGGAAGAUUGUAUUUUUUUUUUUAAAUAUCACUGGCGCUAGGUUGGAUUAGGCGUUUGUCAUGUUUGUUUUCCUUAUAGUGCAGAUGACUUGAUGGCUCAUCAAACCUUGAACUUCGUUCUUGAAGGGCAAUGCAAUUAUCCUCUGGUAAGGGGGAAGGUCUAUGAGGGCGUCGUGGCCGAGCGGAUAAGAGCACCAAACUCAAGCCUUGGUGCUUCUGUUAAGCAGAGUGUGGGUUCGAAUCCAG